AUGAAUAAGAGGGAAACGACUGGUGUGAUCUCCUUCGUCAAUGAGUCAGUGAUAGCGACGGAAGUCUUUAUCAAGCGACAGCCAUGGAGAAAUAGAGAUACACAAUAUAACGCGAUAAAAAUCAUGAGGAUAUUCCAACAUAAUCUUGUAGUGUUAGAAGCUGCCUUUCUCAGAAAGAUAACGCCUUUAUCAGAUCUUCCAGUUACCAAGAUUGAAAGAGACAGCAUUUGCAUCCAGGAUACGCUAACUCUUGAGAGCACCAUCGUCAUAUUUGUCGGAAAUGGGUACCUGAAACGGUCAUGGAAGGGUGUGGUGAUGAUGGAGGGGGAUCUCCCACGGUUUAACGCAUCACUGCUUUCACCUCCAUUUUCUUAG